AUGGUCGCUUUCUCGUCCCUCGUUCUCGCCCUCUCUGCGGCUUCUAGCGCUUUCGCCCUCCCCAAUGGCAAGGCCAUGCUGGAAAUGGCCAAGCGUAGCGUCACUCCCAACGCCGAGGGCACCAACAACGGCUUCUUCUACUCUAUGUGGUCUGACGGCACCGGCGACGUGACCUACACUAACGGCGACGCCGGCGAGUACACCGUUGAGUGGACCGACUGCGGUGACUUCGUCGCCGGAAAGGGCUGGAACCCCGGUAGCGACUUGGACGUCACUUACAGCGGAACCUGGGAGACCACCGCCAACGCCUACCUCUCCGUCUACGGUUGGACCGAGGACCCCCUGGUCGAGUUCUACAUCGUCGACAAGUACGGUGACUACGACCCCGCCACUGGCCUGACCGAGCUCGGCACCGUCGACAGCGACGACGGCACCUACAAGAUCUACCAGACCACCCGCGAUGACGCCAGCUCCGUCGAGGGCACCUCCACCUUCAAGCAGUACUGGUCCGUGCGCACCGAGGGCCGUAUCGGCGGUACCGUCACCACCAAGAACCACUUCGACGCCUGGGAGAGCCUGGGUCUUGAGCUGGGUACCUUCAACUACAUGAUCGUUGCUGUUGAGGGCUACGAGAGCAGCGGGUCUGCUACCAUCACCGUCCAGAGCUCUUCCGAGAGCACUGAGUCUCACACCACCGAGUCCACUGACUCCACCGAGGAGGACUGCGAGUAA